AUAAAACAAAGCAGUCGCCCGUAACCUUAGUUCGGGCGGUUAAUUAGUCUUAAUUAUUUAGUUUAAUUUUAAUUAUAAUUAUACAAAAUAUAUUAACAAUAAACAUACAAUAAUAUAAUAAUAAAUAAUUUAAAAAAUGGAAGAACUAUGGCGUGAUACGAAUAUAUUCUAUAAUGUUUUGUGUUUCUUGAUAACGGAAAAUGAAAAAUUAUUUGAUCGGAGUGAUUCUAAUUUGUAUUGGAGGACUGUGUUCCACAUAUUCGGUAUUCUCCAUCAUGUAUAUAUCGGGAUAACUGCCCCCAGCCUUAAUGUUGCCAACAAUCCAAACCCAGACAUUAGAAUUUUAUAUACAUUUAAAGAGGCCUACCUUACUGGAUGGAAUUUUACCUUCCAGACCGUGUUCCUCGGUCUGUCGCUGGUGCAUGAUAUCCUGGAGUGGCUGGACAAGCAAGAAAACUCAUUAGCUGCAAAGAUCAGAUACUGGAGAAAUGUCAUAUUCAGCGGAAUGGUGGUUCCGUUUACUUUAUUCGUAACGGCCAUGUUCUGGUCUGUGUACGCCAUCGAUAGAGAGCUGGUUUUCCCGCGGAUUUACGACCAGGUUGUACCCUGGUGGUUCAACCACUGCGUCCACACCAACAUAACCAUCGUCGUCAUCAUCGAAACAUUGCUUCAAGCGAGAAGAUACCCCACUAACCAAAGAUUGGAGCUGAUUCUCUACUGGAUAGUUGCUUUUUCGUACGCUAUAGUAUAUUACACGAUAUACUUCGUCACGGAUCGCUGGCUGUACCAGGUCUUCGGUAUCAUGAACUGGUGGCAAGUUUGUUUAUACCAAUUAGGAAUCUGGUUGGUGUCAUAUAUCUUCUAUAAAAUCCAGUUUCCGAUCAACAGAUUAAUCCACGGUCACGAAGAUAAUGAAAUAAGUACAGAAAAAUCAGAUGAUGAUGACAAAGAUAAUGCUGUCAAUAAUAAAGUCAACGAAAAUGAUACGAAAACAAAUGAAAUGAAGACAUUUGAAAAUAGUCAAACUAUAACAGAUUCGAACACAACGUUACCUAAAAAAACAUGGAGCUUAAAAUUUAGGAGCAUCAAAAAUCACUUCGAAAAUUCUAGAUUGUGACGACAAUUUAUACAAAAAAUCAAUAUUAAAAUGUUGCCAUUAAAGAAUAUAGUGCUAAUAAUAAUAUAAUAGAAUUUAAUCCAAUGAUAGAUCAUAUGAUAAGCUUAGUGAAUUUUAAACGAAAAAUACAAUAUUUUGCAUCAGUAGACGCUGUUUUUGAAAUGGUACAAGGUGUAACUAUAGGAAAUAAAAUUGAAGACAUCAAGUAUGUAUAUAUCGAAAAUUUAUGAGACAGGCGAAGAAACAGAUAUAAAAUCAAAUAACGCAAUGCAUAGUAUACAAGAGGAACACAGACCUGAUAGAACUGCUACACAGAAAUCAAAAGAAAUCGAAAUAUUUAAAGAUGAUUAUAAAAUAUUUAUAAAGCUUAAGCAUUUUCCUGUCGAGACCAAAUUUGAUAACCUCGUUUAGAUCAAAUAAAAGUUCCAAAAUAGAUCGUUUGAUUUUUUCAAUUAACGAUGAACUUAUUAUAUAUUAGUAGUGUUAUAAUCGAUGUACAGGAAUAUUAAUAUACGAUUAUUGAAGCAUGUUGACUCUCUAAUAUUAACAGUACAGGACAAAAUUUUCAAGCAAUCUUAUCAUCAGAUUUUAAUACUAACCUUGAUUUACCCGACUUCAAAAAACUAAAAGGACUGUAUAAGGACUUAUUUGAGUUACAGUUAAAAUAACUUUAUUCCAUAAGCAUUUACGAGCUAAUUUGAAUUGUCAUUUUAAACCUCACAUAUUUAAGAAAUUAUUUGAACUGUGCGAGACAUUUUGAUUUUAAUCGUAUAAAUUCUUUAUUUGAAAUAAAAAUGUUUGGUCUUUGUGCGAAGGUUCCUAGUAUAAUACGUGUAAUUUAAAGAGUCAUGGCAAUGCAUGGUCUUUAUCUGGUGAUGGAAUUAUUAUAUAAAAUCAUAUGUACAAUAAUCAUCAAGCCUCUGUACUUCUAUGAGAUAAACUUAUCUCUGCCGUUGGAUUAUAUAUAAAUUCUUAGUAAAGACCUAAAACACCAAAUAGACUGGCUGUGAGUAGACUUUUUCCCAUAAACAAUGCAAUAGAUAAAAUAUUUUACUAACUAUUGGAACUAAAAUGGAUCUUAUUGAAUCCGUCACAAUUUUAAGGCUGAUGAAAAAAUUACUAACAAUAAUGUUUUCGAAUCUUCACAAUAAAAGUUAUAGUUCACACAUGAAUGCGAGAAAAGAUAGAGAAAGUACGUGAGUAAGGGAGCUAGAUAUGUUUAAGCAAUUGCGUUUCAAAUGUUGUCCGAUGAUCGUUGUCUAACAGCUCCCAUAGACCAAUUUGAUGUCUUAAGUUGGUAAGUUUUCAAAGUUAAAAAAUAAUGAAAAUUUAUAUUUCUAGCUUCAAAGAACAUCAAACAACAUUAUUAUCACAAGUUUAAUUAUUCAAAUCUUUUAUUCUUAUUUAAAUUAUUCGGUUAAUAUACAUAUUUUGUUGCACUGGUUUUCAUCGCUGUUAAGUUGGUAACCGUGCUUGAUGUAACUGAACAAACAAAACACAAAAAACUCCAAUGUUAAAUUUAUUUACUUUUUAUAUGUAUAUUUAUGUACAGUGGAAUAAUUUCAAUGUAUCCAUUGUUCUUCUACGUGGUUAUAAUUGGUUAGAUUUAUAGAAUUGUUUUUUAAGGUUUUAAAUAUUUAAUGAUGUAUGUGUAUGUGUAAAUUGUAUUAAAAUAAACGCUU